UCGGUAUGUCGCUGAUCGAGAUUAGAAGGACGAUCGUCUACGUUCUAAUAUUUGGAUUUUUACUUUUAUUACCGAUCAAAUGUCAAACUCCAAUGAGUCUGUUAAUAGUGAUAGAAAACGAAGAUAGCUCGAUUUUGAGUGUAUUGAACGACGCAGCUUCGAGCGCCGAGAAGGAUUUUGGUCACGAUCUUAUAACAGUGCACUUGUCCAAGGUCGAAGUAGAUCGGGAGAAUCUAGAUGAGAGCUUUCAAAAAGUUUGCGCUGUACUAUACAAGGGCGUUAGUCUUAUAUUGGACAUGACUUGGUCCGGUUGGGAUUUAUUACGUAUAGUGGCAGAAGAUAAAGGUAUUGUUUAUAAACGGGGUGACUGUAGCAUCAAUCCUUACGUUCAAGCAGUCGACGAUUUGUUGCUGAUGAAAAAUGCUACGGACGUUGGCCUCAUUUUUGAAGACGAAAGAGAACUCAAUCAAUCACUAUAUUAUCUCAUUGGUAUCUCGAUAAUCAGAUUGGUCGUGAUCGACGAGUUUACUGACAGAACUGUUUCGAAAAUUCGAAGUAUGAGACCAUCACCCUCCUAUUAUGCGAUUUAUUCGAGUACAUACAAGAUGGAGGAAUAUGUUAAAACUGCAAUCGAAGGUGGCUUAGUUAAAAGGGAUGACAUAUGGAAUUUGAUUUUCACCGAUAAUCGUUACAAAGACUUCAAAUACAUUAGUGUCGAUUCGUUUAACGUAUCCUGCACAGUUUUAACCAUGAAUUCUGACGUUUGUUGUCAUUUGAUGGGCGAAUCCAACUGCAAUUGUCCGGCCGAUUUUCAGAUAUUUCCAAUCUGUUUUAAACGUUUGAUCGGAUUAAUAGUAAGCAUCAUGAACGAAAUUCAAAAGUCUGGAAUAAGCGUGGAACCAAAAUCGGGUCAAUGCCCGUCUAAUUUGACUGGAAUUCCAGCACCCUCGACUUCUAACGAAACCGCUGAGGCAUUCAAUAAAUUUUUAAUAUCGAGAUUGACAAACAACGAUACUUUCGAUUAUUGGUCAGAAAAGGCCACGAUCAUGUACAAAGCCGAAAUAUCAUUGCAAACUCUCGAACGUGGAUUUUUGAAACCACUUGGAACUUGGACCAGACGGAACAAGAUCGUUGAAGCUUCAGGAUCUAAGAUACGUCCGGCAAAGAGAUUCUUUCGAAUUGGAACGACUAAAUCGAUACCAUGGUCAAUGCCAAAAAUAGAUCCAGCGACUGGUCAAACAAUGAGAGAUGCCGAUGGUAACGAGGUGUGGGAAGGAUACUGUAUUGAUUUUAUCGAGAAAUUAUCCGAAGAGAUGCAAUUCGAUUAUGAAUUGGUCAUUCCCAUUGAUCGUAGUUUUGGUGAAAAGUUACAGAACGGUCAAUGGAGUGGUCUGGUUGGUGAUCUUGCGAAAGGAGAAACAGAUAUUGCGGUUGCCGCAUUGACGAUGACCUCGGAAAGGGAAGAAGUGAUUGAUUUUGUCGCACCUUAUUUCGAACAAUCCGGUAUUCUCAUAGUGAUGAGAAAACCUGUUCGUAAGGCUUCACUGUUUAAAUUUAUGACGGUCUUAAGGCCAGAGGUUUGGCUCAGUAUUGUCGGUGCUUUAACCUUGACUGGAAUAAUGAUUUGGAUAUUGGAUAAAUAUUCACCUUAUAGCGCUAGAAAUAAUAAGAGGCUUUAUCCUUAUCCCUGCAGAGAAUUUACAUUAAAGGAAAGUUUCUGGUUCGCUCUUACAUCGUUUACACCACAAGGAGGUGGAGAAGCUCCAAAAGCAUUGUCAAGUAGAACACUCGUAGCUGCUUAUUGGUUGUUCGUUGUACUGAUGUUAGCUACAUUUACUGCCAAUUUGGCUGCUUUUCUUACCGUCGAAAGAAUGCAAUCACCAGUCCAAUCUCUCGAACAACUGGCACGUCAAUCGCGAAUAAAUUACACGGUACGUGUUAAUUCAGGAGCCCAUCAAUACUUCAUAAAUAUGAAGAAUGCCGAGGACAAGCUUUAUACUGCUUGGAAAGAAAUCACUUUGAACAGUACAAGCGAUCAAAUAGAAUAUCGUGUUUGGGAUUAUCCUAUAAAAGAACAAUACGGACAUAUACUUCAAGCUAUCACUCAAGUUGGCCCUGUUGAAUCCAACGAAGAAGGAUUCAGAAAAGUGAUCGAAAGUGAAAACGCAGAGUUUGCGUUUAUACAUGAUUCCUCGCAAAUAAAGUACGAAGUUACGAGAAAUUGUAAUUUGACUGAAGUGGGUGAGGUAUUUGCCGAACAACCAUAUGCAAUUGCAGUUCAACAGGGUAGCCAUUUGCAAGAGGAGAUAAGUAGAAGAAUACUCGAUUUACAAAAGGAUAGAUAUUUCGAAACCUUGGCGUCCAAAUAUUGGAAUCAAUCUUUGAAAGCUCAGUGUCCAAAUUCCGAUGAUAGCGAGGGUAUCACGUUGGAAAGUUUAGGUGGAGUCUUCAUAGCAACUUUAUUCGGUCUCGCUCUGGCAAUGAUCACACUGGCUGGUGAAGUUUUAUAUUAUCGUAAAAGAAAUGCUUCUCAAGGAAAGGAUAAGAAGAAGGAUUCGAAAGUUAUGAAAAAAAUGGAAAACGAUGAAAAAUUGAUGAUACAAAAAUUAGCUUCGAAAUUGCAAAUGAAACCAGCACCGACAGAUGGAUUUUUCAGUAGACAACAACUCGGUCAACCACGUGUUUCACAUAUUUCCGUUUAUCCACGAAACUUUCCUUUCAAGGAAUGAUAAUUAAUAUAAAUCAAUUAAUCGAUAAUUAAUUGAUAAUUUAUCGACGACGAUCAUUAUAAUAUAUAUUAUGUAUA